GUUUUAUCCAACCUGAGAUCCUUCUCUAGGGACGCGCGCAUUCCAUCGCAUUUGUCAGAGAAUCUUUUCAGCUUUCUCUCUUGUGUUUCAUACAUCUUCUUCCCCUCUUCUUCAUACCAUUUUUGAACAUCAUUAUUAUCAUUCUUUCUAUUGAAUUCAUUUUUAUACACUCAGUUCAUUCAAUCCUUGAUUUAUUUCCUUGUCUUAUUAAACCUUAUCGAUCGAGAAAUAUAGACGCCAAAAUGUAUCGCGACAUCGCCCAUGCGGUUUACAGGCGGGGCCAGGACUCGAUGGAUGGCUACGAGAUGCCUGGUUGGGGAUGGGCUUUUGUUGUGUUGGAUAUCUUGAUUUUCUUGCCUUUGGUCUUGCUUGUUAACUACUCCUUCCAACAUCUAUUCCCUACCCUCGCUAUCGUCGAAGACCCGUCUCCUCCGGCCUACGAGCCCGUUUCGUUGAACGAAGACACUCAAUCUCUCGCCGAAGAAAAUGCCCCUCUUGCCGAUGAAGCCGCUCGUGCCGGUUCCGAGGCCCGUCUCAUUACCUCGUCCAUCCGCUCUACAUAUCGUACUGUUACCAGCGUCAGCGGCUGGCGAUCCCUGUUCCGAGGUCUUGGUUGCUAUGUCUCCUUGACUUUCUCUACUCUGUUCGUCUACGGUAUCCUAUCUGCGUUCUUGCCUGCUCUUAUUGCCGGACCUCUUUCCGCCCUUGCUCUUGUGCAACUCUACACAGCAUGGACGCACAUUGUCAUCUCGACACCGAGCUCCAAGCGUUUCUGGCAGCGACUACCUCCCUUCAAGAAGGCUUUCCAGGCUACCGCUCUCCCGGUCGCCAUGUACUUCUUCGCCAUCGAGGUUGCCUCUUACGUCCCUAAGCUUCUUGCCUGGGGCAUGGCCAUGAACCUGCCCGAACAGCCCGGUACUAUUCCCCAGGGUGACAAGAAUGACAUCUGGAAGGGUGUUGUAGUCCUCGUUGUCUCAUUCGUCCUACACAUCUUCCUCGUCAUCCCCACCCAGGUUAUCCUCACCCGAGUUCAAGCUUCGCUCCUUCCCGAGGAAGACGACACCAUCGUACCUUUCGACCGAUCGUUCCAGGGCAAGGUUGAGCCUGCUAUUGUUGGUGGCAAGGGCUUCGUUACCGUUAAGGAUGCGUGGUUGUCAUUCUCCCGCGCCUCAUGGGUACGACUUGUCAAGCUCUACGCUAAGAUCUUCGCCGCUAGCUUUGCCCUUGGUCUCCUCUGGGUCGCUGUUCUCGUCCCCGAGUUAUUGCUCAUCAUUAAGCACAGCAAGAAGAUCGAGUAAAUCAAAUUAUCUAGCUAUUAAUCAAACGACCGCAAAUCACAAGAUAUUCUAACUCGCACUCAUACCAAUAUAUUCUUACAAAUAUUAUUUGUGCUUCUUGAAUACCAUAGGCCUAUUGGCCUGGGAGGAAUUUUUGAAAGUAG